CAAAAUGAGAAGUUUCUUACAAAUUGGGGACCAUAUUUUUAAAUUGAUGCUUCUUUCUUUAUUUGGUUAGUUCAUCUGCUUCCCCUAUGCUAUUCUGAACCUGUACGUGAGAAAAUAAAGCCGAAAAUUCUUGACGACUCCAAAAUCCCAAUUCAAUGGAAUCUUGCCCUUCUGUAAAGAACAUUCUACUUCUUGACUCAGAAGGAGGUCGCAUAGCUGUGAAGUACUAUUCAGAUGAUUGGCCAACUAAUAACGCUAAAGAAGCAUUUGAAAAGUCUAUUUUCACCAAAACUCAGAAGACCAAUGCACGAACAGAAGCUGAGAUAGCAAUGCUUGAAAACAAUGUUAUUGUCUACAAAUUUGCUCAGGAUCUUCACUUCUUUGUGACUGGUGGUGAUGAUGAAAAUGAGCUCAUUUUAUCAACAGUUCUUCAGGGUUUCUUUGAUGCAGUUGGUCUUCUAUUAAGGGGCACUGUGGAUAAGAAGGAGGCACUUGAAAAUCUGGACCUCAUUAUGUUGUGUCUUGAUGAAAUUAUUGAUGGAGGAAUCAUCCUUGAAACUGAUGCAAAUGUUAUUGCUGGAAAGGUUGCAAGCCAUAGUGUAGAUUCUGGAGCUCCUCUCUCUGAACAGACAAUAAGUCAAGCAUUGGCUACUGCACGUGAACAUCUUACAAGAUCUCUCCUCAGUGGAUAAGGAUGCUGAUGGGAGUGAAAAAGUUGCCGAAUCUUGAUUUGAAAUUGGAUGCUUUUGCAAAUUAGGGUUUGGACAUUAGAAACAGUACUGAUUGUAGGGUUUUUUUUGUUGUGGAUAUGUUUAAAAACUUCUAUGGAGGUUUCUUGAAAAAUUAGACAUCAGUUGGUGGGUAUAAAGGUUUUUCAUGAUGAGAA